AUGCUCCUAGUGACUAUUGUCAUCGCAUCAGUUCCCAUUGCUGCGACCCUCCUCUUCAUUUGCCUCAGUUUGUUAUUUUCGCGUCAGUUGAAAAAGAAACGAUGGGCCACUGACCCACCAGAUGUACAGGUUGUUCAAUUCCUCGAAGGUGCCAGUGCCAUCUGGAGGAACCCCCUCUUUUUGGGGGUGGCCAGUGCCAAGUCUUUCGCCCCAAGUCCUUUCGCUGAAUACCUCUACUACGGUGAUCUGUUGAGCUGGGGUCUCUUCCUCACACGACUCGUUGCACUGGCUAUAUGUGUUGCUCUGUGGAGUUGGCUCUAUCGACUCGGCUAUGAGAGCGUGGGGCACUAUCUUAAGCACCGUUAUAGAAACCGGUUUCUGGUUGGUUUAUACAAUGUGAACCUAUUGAUAGGAACUAUUUACAUAUACAAGUCUGGUGUCAAUCCGAUUGUAUAUGCCUUUAUUGAGUUCUACAAAACAAAUAACUACGUAAGUCUCGCGUUCCUAUGCUUCUUGGGGGUUACGUCAUUUGGCGGCUUCAACGUAACCAUGUUUGCAGUGAUCAUACAUUGUUUGCUAGAGGUGCUUGGACAAACACUCGUUUCAAUGUCAAUAUCGUCAAUCUCAAACAUAACCCAAGGUUUUAUAUCCACUCCAAUUGCACCAUGUUUUGUCAAUCUUGGUGUGGCAGAAUUCUUACCUCUCCUGUCACACCUCAUAACUAUUCUGCCUGUUUACCAGAUCCUUCGAAAGGCUAGUAGUCUAAAGAAAUUGAGAGCAUCUGUGGUGAUAUGUGCUACCGUUCUCUUCUGCGACCAAUUCUGGUCAAUGUUGCUGGCUUCGAAAGUGAAAGAAGUUGGUAUUUAUAAUAGCAAAGUGGAAAGUGGCGUGGAUGACCGAUCGUCCUUAUGGAUACGAUCUUUUCUAGGUGGUGUGAAUGUGACCAGCGAGCGCAAGAUGGACCAAGAAGUCACUACAUGGAGUCCUCCAACCCCCAUGACUGGCCUAGACUUCGAUUAUGGGUUUUGGGAUUUCCCAUCGGCCGGGGCAGUGGUUCUCUUCUGGACCUUACUAGGUCAUCUCAACAUGUUCACUGCACUCCAGCUGCACAUAAUAACUGUACACGCCAUCCAGCACUGCAUCCCCACGUGGCUGCGAGACGUAGUGGCCAGUUCGGUGUCGGAGUUUAGGCUCUUUUACAUAUGUGUCCGGUUUUUCUUCUCUAUCAUCGUGAUGAUGCUUAUCGAGGAGGGUGUCUAUGAGCUUGUCCAUCCAGAAUACAAAGGUAUAAUUGUUCACACGCCUCUGUUGGAGUCCACACUGACCAUAGCGGUGUGUGUAGUCACAGUGACCGGCUGGAUGGUGCGCAGUGUCGGCCCUGUGCUAAUGAGCGUCCAGGUCGUGGUGGAAAUCGUGGGAAUGCACUUUCUGGAGCAAAUACUGACACGCGACUUCCAGGAAACAGAUUUUGUCACUGGUGAAAUGAUUUGGCGGGAAGGGAGGGCGCAAGACCAAAGACACAUCUGCAGUGCUGCCUGGCUGCCCUCCCUUGUAACGUUUGUGCUACUUCUCGUGGCGCUAUCGACACUCAUUUGCUGCCAUCCCAGACACAGCAUCAUCCUUCGAGACAGCCUCGGAAGGGGUAAGAGCAGCAUAGAAGAGGCGGAGGAGAAUGGUGAGAGCUCUGAAUCAUCGGAAGAGAUAGAGUAG